UGGCAAAGGUAUUCCUUUCCUCUUUCAUCACGGGAAGGCAACAGCAACGUCGACUAGCAGUGGAUCAUUGAUGCGCAUGUUCAAGGGUCCAGCUAGUUCCGGAACCGAUGACGCAAUUUCCCCAGGCACAGGCGUUUGCCACAUCAGGAAUCAGAAGUUCGUCCGUAGUUGCUAUUACAAGCGAUGGGGAAAUAAUAACAGGUGGACAUGCGGAUAAUAGUAUCAAGCUAGUCUCAUCUGAUGGAGCAAAAACCUUGGAAACGGCUUUUGGGCACUGUGCCCCAGUUACAUGUCUGGCUCUGUCUCCAGAUAAUAACUUCCUUGUGACGGGUUCACGGGACUGUACUGUUUUGCUGUGGAGAAUUCACAAGUCGUUUACUUCUCGAACAAGCGUGUCUGAGCCAUCAACUGGCUCCGGAGCGCCUUUCUCCGCAAACAACACGAACGUGGCCAACAACACGUUGGCAAAUAAAGGCAAAAAAUGUCGCAUUGAAGGGCCAAUACAAGUGCUCCGUGGCCACCGAAGAGAAAUAGUUUCUUGCUGUGUCAGCUCAGAUCAAGGAGUGGUUGUUUCGUCCUCGGAGUCCUCAGAUGUUCUAUUGCAUUCCAUAAGAAAAGGAAGGCUGAUCAGACGAUUGGUUGGUGUGACAGCUAAUUCUCUUUGCAUUUCAUCUGAUGGGGUUAUAAUGGCAUGGAGUAGCUCGGAGGGUUCUAUUAGCGUCUUCACCAUUAACGGAGUUCUGAUUGCCAAAGCGAAACUUCCUUUCUCUUGUGGCGUAAGUUGCAUGGAAAUGUCCAUGGAUGGUCAAAACGCCUUGAUUGGGAUGAACUCAUGUUCCAGCAUGGAUUACUCGAGCAGUAACGAAGAUGGCAAAGAAAUCGAGAGGCUGGACGUUUCAUCUCCUUCAAUUUGCUUCCUCAACUUAUACACACUACAGGUAUUCCAUGUGCCAAAGCUUGGUCAAGGACAGGAUAUAACCGUACUGGCUCUGAACGUUGACAACACAAACCUCUUAGUGUCCACGGAAGAUAAACAGUUGAUAAUCUUCACAGAUCCUGCUUUAAGCUUAAAGGUGGUGGAUCAGAUGCUGAAGCUUGGGUGGGAAUGAGAGAAUAGAAACAAACCUAUUUGAGAUUAAAAAAUAAAAGAUGGGCUUAAACUGAGGGUUUGAAUACUGUCGGAAGCUGUAGAAAUCCGAAAAUGAGAUGGACAUGGUUUGGUCUGUCUUGUCGUGUGUAACAUAUGUAAAAGUAUAUUUAGUUCCAGUAAAAGUUAUCCCGCUGGUUUGCUUGCU